AAAGAACUAGUAACUGAGACUCCCUGCGCUCUCAUCUGCUCUCCUCUGUCCUGCUCUGCCAUCUCUCCGACUCUGCCGCAUGCCAGCUCCUCCCCCGGCCAUUACCGCGCCAAAAAACCUCACCCCGCGCCGCCAUUUCCGCGACCAUGCUAUCGCGGUUCAAUAAUUCGCUCUGGAUGCAGGAAGACGACGGCCAUGAGCAACAGGGCCUCGGCCACGAGCAGCCGGCGGCAAUGGGGAUGAUGCCGAUGAUGGGGCAGGAGGCUGGGCACCACCACGACCAGCACCUCCUGGCUAUGCCCACGCGGGGAGACGGCGGGUUCCGCGCCCCGUCGAUGCUUGAUGAGGACUGGUACUUUGGCGCGGGCGCGGUUGGCGACGGCGCCGCGAACGGGUCCAUGGCCCUGGUGCCAGCCGCCAUGGAAGCAUCGGGGUCCAGCUCCGGCUUCGGAGCCGGUCCACAGAUAUUCCCGCUCCUCAACCUGGGCGGUAGCGGACCGUUCGACGUCUCUGGGUUCGACCUCGGCGGCUCCGGCGCUGGAGGCGGCGAUUUCACGGCGUUCCUUGGCGCCGGCAACGCGUCGAACACAUCGCCGGUUUCCCUGCUGCCGCAUGGGAACGCGGGGUUUCUCGGCUCCUUCGGCGGCUUUGGCACCGCACCGGCACAGAUGACAGAGUUUGGUGGCCUCGCCGGUUUCGACUUGUUCGACACCGGUGCCGGGGGCGGAGGCGGGGGCGGGAGCGGCUCCUCCUCAGAGGGGCCGGCUGCUCCAGUUUCCUUGACCGCUCCUUUCUCCGGUCGUGGCAAGGCGGCGGUGCUGCGGCCGCUGGAGAUCUUCCCGCCUGUGGGGGCGCAGCCAACGCUCUUCCAGAAGCGCGCACUACGGCGUAAUGCCGGCGAAGAGGAUGACGACAAGAAGCGUAAGGCGGCGGCGGCGGCGGAAGGAAGCGCCCUGUCCGCGGGCUGUGACACCAUGCUCGACGACGCCGACGAGGACAUGGGCAGCAUUGACGCGUCCGGGCUGAAUUACGACUCGGAGGACGGGAGGGGCGUGGAGGAGAGCGGCAGGAAGGACGGCAAGGAGUCGAACGCCAACAGCACGGUGACCGGCGGCGCUGCGGCUGAAGGGAAGGGGAAGAAGAAGGGAAUGCCAGCCAAGAACCUCAUGGCGGAGCGCCGUCGUCGGAAGAAGCUCAAUGACCGGCUCUACAUGCUCAGGUCCGUCGUGCCGAAGAUCAGCAAGAUGGACAGGGCUUCUAUUCUCGGCGACGCGAUCGAGUACCUCAAGGAGCUCCUGCACAAGAUCAGUGAUCUUCAGAAUGAGCUUGAGUCGUCUCCUUCCAUGCCCUCGCUGCCUCCGACGCCCACAAGCUUCCACCCUCUGACUCCGACGUUGCCCGCGCUGCCAUCCCGCGUGAAGGAGGAGCUUUGCCCGAGUGCGCUGCCAAGCCCUACCGGCCAGCAGCCAACCGUUGAGGUUAGGCUCCGGGAAGGCCGGGCCGUCAACAUCCACAUGCUGUGCCCUCGCAGGCCCGGGCUUGUGCUCUCUGCCAUGAAGGCGAUCGAAGCCCUUGGUCUUGAUGUGCAGCAGGCCGUUAUCAGCUGCUUCAAUGGCUUUGCCUUGGACGUCUUCAAGGCUGAGCAAUGCAAGGAUGGCCCUGGUCUUCAGCCCGAGGAGAUCAAGGCGGUUCUCUUGCAAUCCGCGGGGUUCCAUCCCGCGAUGUAGGAGGGAGGGAGGGGCAGCCAACCAAGUGCAGGAUAGUGCUGUAUCUAAGGAAUUUCUUUUUACAACAAGUAGCGGUGUUUUCCGAGAGAAGCUACCUCACCUUGAGUAGUCUGAGACCUUCCCAGAACCAAUUUAUCUGCGAGUCUUUUAGAGUCCAAAAUAAUGUCGGCAAUCUGUUAUUAGUACGAGUACCUAACAUUGCUUAUGCCUGAUGUUACCUUAUUUUUCAAUACAUCGUGUGUAAGUCUGAACGAGACUUGUGUUUGGUCAUUGAAGCGUAAAACAUUGUUAGAUCA